GCCGCGCUAGGGUGUGCUGGUCCCGACUAAGUGGCGCGAGCUUCGGAAUAAGUGCGACCCGCGUGCGCGAGGGCCGGUAACCGCGGGGAAAGACUCCCUCCCCUCACAAUUUUCAUGGAUCUUAAUAGUGCCAGUAGCAUUGUACUUCGGGUCUUGACUCAAGCCACCAGUCAAGAUACUGCUGUGCUGAAACCAGCUGAGGAACAACUGAAACAGUGGGAGACACAACCAGGUUUCUAUUCAGUAUUGUUGAAUAUUGUCACAAAUCAUGCCUUGGAUGUGAAUGUGCGGUGGUUAGCGGUGCUUUAUUUCAAAAAUGGAAUUGACCGGUAUUGGAGACGAGUGGCACCACACGCUCUUUCUGAAGAGGAGAAAUCUACAUUGCGUGCAGGGCUUAUUGCAAACUUCAAUGAGCCAGUAAAUCAGAUUGCGACACAGAUUUCUGUCCUGAUAGCAAAAGUUGCUCGGCUAGAUUGCCCUAGGCAGUGGCCGGAACUCAUUCCCACCCUUGUAGAAUCUGUUAAAAUUCAGGACGAUCUUCGCCAACACAGAGCUUUGCUUACCUUCUAUCAUGUUACAAAGACUUUGGCAUCAAAACGGCUUGCUGCAGACAGAAAACUUUUCUAUGAUUUAGCCUCUGGAAUUUACAGCUUUACCUGUUCCUUAUGGAAUCACCAUACAGAUACCUUCCUCCAACAGAUUUGUACUACAGAUGAAACUGCUAUUAGUAAUUCAUUAGAAAGAACACUGUUAUCAUUGAAAGUGCUUCGUAAAUUAACUGUUCAUGGCUUUGUGGAGCCUCAUCGGAACGUAGAGGUCAUGGGAUUUCUACAUGCAGUAUUUGAGCGAUUAAAACAGUUUUUGGAAUGUAGCAGGAGUAUAGGAGUGGAUAAUGUAUGCAGAGAUCGUCUGGAAAAGACGAUAAUUCUUUUCACUAAAGUGCUUUUAGACUUCUUGGACCAACAUCCUUUUUCAUUCACCUCUCUGAUUCAGAGAUCAUUGGAAUUUGCUGUAAGCUAUGUUUUCACAGAGGCUGGUGAAGGAGUAGUGUUUGAGCGAUUUAUUGUCCAGUGCAUGAAUUUGAUUAAAAUGAUUGUGAAAAACUAUGCUUACAAGCCAUCAAAAAACGUGGAAGACAGCAGCCCUGAAACGCUUGAAGCUCAUAAGAUAAAGGCAUCUUUCUUCACAUACCCAACGUUAACAGAGAUUUGCAGGCGAUUAGUCACUCACUAUUUCCUGUUAACUGAGGAAGAACUGACAAUGUGGGAAGAGGAUCCGGAAGGCUUUACUGUUGAAGAGACAGGGGGAGAUUCUUGGAAAUACAGUCUGAGGCCCUGCACGGAAGUGCUCUUCAUUGAUAUUUUUCAUGAAUAUAAUCAGACUCUUACUCCAGUACUUCUAGACAUGGUUCACAGUCUACAAGGUCCCACCAAUGUAGAUGAUGCCCAAACUCUGCUGAUUAAAGAUGCUGUGUAUAAUGCAGUUGGACUGGCUGCUUAUGAGCUGUUUGACAGUGUGGAUUUUGAUCAGUGGUUUAAAAGUCAGCUACUAGCAGAACUGCAAGUGACUCAUAACAGGUAUAAGCCCAUACGUCGACGAGUAAUUUGGCUAAUUGGACAAUGGAUUUCUGUGAAAUUCAACUCUGAUUUAAGGCCUAUGUUGUAUGAGGCAAUCUGUAAUUUGCUUCAGGACCAAGACCUGGUGGUCCGUAUUGAGACAGCUACUACUCUGAAACUGACUGUGGAUGACUUUGAGUUUCGGACAGAUCAGUUUUUACCAUAUCUGGAAUCCAUGUUUACUCUGCUCUUUCAGCUGCUUCAAGAAGUUAGAGAAUGUGACACAAAGAUGCACGUUCUUCAUGUUCUCUCUUGUGUGAUUGAAAGAGUCAAUAUGCAGAUACGACCAUAUGUAGGCUGUUUGGUUCAGUAUUUACCACUACUUUGGAAACAAAGCGAAGAACACAAUAUGCUCAGAUGUGCUAUCCUUACUACCCUAGUUCACCUUGUCCAGGGCUUAGGAGCAGAUAGCAAGAACCUUUAUCCUUUCCUACUCCCAGUUAUUCAGCUAAGCACUGAUGUUUCCCAACCCCCACAUGUGUAUCUUUUAGAAGAUGGAUUAGAAUUAUGGCUAGUAACAUUAGAGAAUAGUCCCUGUCUUACUCCAGAGCUGCUGCGAAUUUUUCAGAACAUGUCUGCUCUUCUUGAGUUAAGUUCAGAAAACCUCAGAACCUGCUUUAAGAUCAUCAAUGGCUAUAUCUUUUUAUCUCCUUCAGAAUUUCUUCAGGUCAAUGCAGCGGAACUCUGCAAAUCAUUUUGCGAGAUCUUAAAAGACAUAACAACUGAGGGUCAAGUUCAAGUACUGAAGGUUGUAGAAAAUGUUCUCAAAGUGAAUCCAUUAUUGGGCCCUGACCUAUUUCAGCCUCUCCUGCCAUCUGUUUUUCGGGGAAUUAUAAGUGGAGAGAGGCACCCAGUUGUAAUGUCGACUUACCUGGGAAUCAUCGGUAGAGUCCUGCUGCAAAAUAAAAGUUUUUUCUCAUUGCUUCUGAACCAGGUAGCAUGUGAGUUUGGGCAAGAGCCAGACCUGCUCCUUGGUCAUGUGAUUGAAAUGUGGGUUGACCGCAUGGAUAAUAUAACUCAGCCAGAAAGAAGAAAACUUUCGGCUUUGGCAUUGCUUUCCCUUCUGCCAUCAGAUAACAGUAUUAUCCAAGAUAAAUUUUGUGGUAUUAUAAACAUUUCAGUAGAAGGGCUGCAUGAUGUCAUGACUGAAGAUACUGAAACAAGGACAUUCAAAGAUUGCAUGCUGAUGUCCAUUUCUGAAGAGCCCAAAGUGACAGAAGAAGAGGAGCCUCCCACAGAACAGGACAAAAGGAAAAAGAUGCUUGCACUAAAGGAUCCAGUACACACUGUGUCACUGCAGCAGUUUGUAUACGAGAAGCUGAAGGCACAUCAGGAGCUGCUUGGAGAGGCAGGCUUUCAGGCACUCAUGGAAACGGUGGACGCAGAAAUAGUCACCCAGCUGCAAGAUUUCUUACAGGGCUUCUGAAGAAACAGAGACCAGGUUUUCUGUGCCUCUUUCUUCACUUCCGCUUUAUAAAGGCAGCCUGUAGUCUAUCUCCAAAAUCCAGCUUUAGACAAAGAGAGAAUUUCUGUUGGAAAUUAAGAAACAGAGGCUAUAGAACUGGAUUCCCCCCCCCCCCCCGGAAGACAAGACUGAAAUGAUAACUGUAAAUUGUCUAAUUAGUUUUACCUUCCUGUUUCACCAGGUUGUAAUUUAUAUAUAGGGAGAAAGGUUUGUAUAAGAGGGGUUCUGUGACAGCAGCUGUUUAACACGUCACAGGAUUGGUGUUAACAGUCAUGUGCUCUUAAUACUCGCGGAAUGGUGGCCGCGGAGAUUUUUCCACCCACAAUAUGAGCUUGCCUGGGCUUUCCAAUGUUGCUAUUUACUCUUAAAGCUGUAUUAAAAUAUAAGACAUUUAAAAGAACUGGGAAUGUUACAGUGGGCAAAUAUGUAACUGUCCUUGAUCAAGCAACUUACAUAGCAUAAACAUAGUGAAACAAAUAGCCAAAAGUAUUCUUAACAUUUCCUCUAUGGGGAGCUGAGCACCAAUCUUUUGCAUGGAAAAGCAACUGAUGAAGUAAUCCAAAUUUUAAAAUGACUACGCUGAUCCCUGUAGGAAGAAAGAUUUUAGUAAGUUCUCUCGUUUUAUCUCUCCGAAAAUAUUUUUGAUUUAAAAUAUGGCACAUAGACCCAAGUGAUGGUUUUCAGUCUAUGUGAGAUUCAAAUUGAUACUUGAUUUCAUUCUCCCAGCCUGGUAAUAUGCACCCAGAAAGAAAAGGGGUGAAGCAGUAUGUAUUUUCUGUUGUAGAAAAAAAAAAAUGCCCUUUCCAGAGACUUAAGGAUGAGAAGCGAUGUUUACUAAGGUUAUAUGCCUCUGAACAAUGGAAAUUAUGGUCUCCAAAUUAAAUAUUCAGUGAACUUCAUCUGGGGAAAUGACUGGAAAUCAGGGAAAUGAGUUGGGAAGGAUUCUGGAUUCCUGUGUUAUUGCAGAACAGCAUUCAUGUCUCUUCCGGUCCCUCACCCUGCCUGGCUCUCCUGGUCCUGCACCUCCUAUUUUAAGGAGAGGCUCCUUUCUUUUUGGACAAGGCUUCUUUUGUCUUCUGUUGUAAGAAAUCAGUCUGUUUUUAAAGAAAGCAAUUGACAGUAUAAUAUUUGUGCGGAAAGCUGGCAAUUGUAUGUAACUAUGGGGAACAAAGAUCUCCUUGUAAACUGUAGAUCACAAAGUGUACUAGAAAUUCUGAUGCUU